AUGUCUCCUGCUGUUGUGCAUCAGGAUGUCUCCGACACCUAUGAUAUCGUGAUUGUGGGAGCGGGACCCGUGGGAUUGAUGCUGUCUACAUGUCUCUCGCGAUGGGGCUACCGUAUUAAGCAUAUUGAUAACAGGCCAGAGCCGACGGCGACGGGUCGAGCCGAUGGCAUCCAGCCUCGAUCACUCGAUCUCCUGCGGAACAUGGGUUUGAAAUCUGACAUCAUGGCUCACAAGCCUGCCCGUGUCUUCGAAGUCGCUUUCUGGGACGCAGAGUCGAGCAAGGGUAUCGGUAGAACAGGUACCUGGGCCAGCUGCCCCAACUUCAUCGACGCCCGUUAUCCGUUCACCACGCUGUUGCACCAGGGCCAUAUCGAGAGGGUGUUCAUCAACGAUCUUGAGAAGAAUGGUACUACCAUUCAGCGGCCGUGGACAAUCACUGGCUUUCAGUCGCACAACCCCGAGACGUCGGAAUAUCCUGUUCAGGUCGAACUGGAGCACGUUGACGGCACAGAAAAGCAGACCGUACAUGCGAAAUACCUCUUCGGUGGCGAAGGCGCGAGGUCAUUCAUCAGACAGCAACUAAACAUUGGCUUCCAUCAUAAGGACCCAAUCGCCCAUGUCUGGGGUGUAAUGGAUGGUGUUGUCAAGACUGAUUUCCCGGAUAUCAAGAUGAAAUGCACGAUUCGAAGUCAGCAUGGGUCCAUCAUGGUUAUCCCGCGUGAGGACAACAUGGUUCGCCUCUAUAUCCAGAUUGCCUCUUCCACCGAUGGCGACUGGAACCCAAGGAAAUCAGCAACUGAAGCCGAAGUGCAGGCCUCGGCCAAAAAGAUUCUGUACCCCUACAAUAUCGAAUGGGAGCGUGUAGAAUGGUAUUCCGUCUACCCUAUUGGUCAAGGAAUCUCAGAAAAGUAUACUUUGGAUGAGCGAGUUUUCCUUGGUGGUGAUGCUUGCCAUACGCAUAGUCCCAAAGCUGGCCAGGGUAUGAACACAGCCUUUUUAGAUGCGCUGAAUCUUGCUUGGAAGAUCCACGCUGUUGAGGGUGGAUUCGCAAACCGAGAUAUCCUCAAAACUUACGAGUCUGAGCGAAAAGCAGUUGCUGAAUCACUAUUGGACUUUGACAACCGCUACGCGAAACUCUUCUCCCAGCGACCGCCUGCAGCUUCCGAAGUCCAGGCAGCCUCAGAAACCAUUCCAGAUGGCGACUUGGAUGGCGACAACGAUUUUAUCAAGACAUUCAAGGAAUCCUGCGAAUUCACUAGCGGCUACGGCGUCUCAUAUCAGGCCAAUACAUUGAACUGGUCGCCAAGCCACCCUGCCCAGUCACAUGUCGUCCAGCCCAGCGGCACAACAUUAAAAUCUGGACGUUUGUUAGUGAACGCGGAUGUAACGAGGGUUGUCGAUGCCAACGUGGUCCAUCUUGAGCAAGAAGUGCCACUUAAUGGCUCGUUCCGCAUCUUCCUCUUUGCUGGCGACCCAGUCAAGAACCGUGCUGCGCUUCGAGACUUUGCAGACAACUUGACCAGCGCCAAGUCGUUCUACUCAGCAUACACCCGACCAGAUAUUGACCAGGUUUCACAUCACGAAAAGCAUAACCCCCACAGCCAAUUUUUCACGCUAUGCACCAUCUUUGCGGCAAAGAGACACCGUAUCGAGAUCGCCCGUGAUGUACCUAGCGUGCUGGCUCGUUAUCGCGACCACAUCUACGCCGACGACAGAUGGGACCGUCGCGUACUUGAUUCCGUGGCUCCGGCUCAUGCGAAGAUGGGCUUCAAUGAAGAAAAGGGCGGUGUUGUCGUUGUCCGGCCAGACGGCUAUGUCGGCUUUGUGACUUCUCUAGUAGAGGGUUCGGGCACUAUUGACGCGUUGAACGCAUAUUUUUCAGCAUUUUGUACGAAGAGAUUUGGAAACACUGCUCAGCUGUAG